AUGACCAAAAUUCUUGCCUUAAUCACAGGAGCCAAUCAGGGCCUGGGACUUGCUAUAGCUCGGCAGCUGCUAAGCACAGGGAACUUCCAGAUUCUUUUAGGCAGUCGGUCUCGCGAGAACGCCGAUCGCGCCAUACGUCAGCUAAUGUCGGACCUGGGUAACACCGUCUCUUCUGAAGAUAUUACACCAGUGGCGAUUGAUGUUUCUAGCGAUGAUUCCAUAAUUGCGGCGGCAAAUUUUGUCAACCAACGAUUUGGAUAUCUUGAUAUACUUGUGAAUAACGCUGGAACACCUGGUGGUAUACAGCGCCCUGAGUUGUCACAAUUACGGGACAGUCUCCACGAGGUCCUCGAUGUCAACUGCGUUGGACCCAGCGUGGUUACUGAGGCGUUUCUGCCAUUGGUGAGAAAAUCAACUUUCCAAGACAGGCGUAUUGUGAAUGUUUCGUCUGCGCUCGGUCAAAUUGGUCUCGCUUUCAAAGUUGAGCACGAAUGGAACGCUCGAAAUAUGCCGGUUCUCGGUUAUCGCAUCAGCAAAGCAGCUCUCAACAUGCUCACGGCCGUGAAGGCAAUGGAAUUGGCAGACGAAAACAUACUUGUAGUUUCUGCUGCUCCAGGCUACACACAAACAGCUCUUAGCGGAGGACAAGGCAGCAAAACGGUUGCGGAAGGCGCGAAGGCUAUAGUGCGAGCCAUCACUGGUGGCGUCUCUCAGGAGAUGUUUGGCACCCUCGUGGCAAACGAAUGUACCGAGUUUGGAUGGUGA